AUGUCUAUGGUUAACAGAAUUGCUUUAAAAGCUACUCGUCCAAUUGCAAGCGUGGCACUCCGUCCAGCUCCAAUUGGUUUACGUUAUCUUUCAACUCCUGUUGAGCCAAAGCAAAAGGCUAAUUCAAUCAUCGAUGCUUUGCCAGGUAACAACUAUUUAUCUAAGACGGGUGUGUUGGCAACUACCGCUGCUGCCGCUAUCUACGGAAUCUCCAACGAAUUGAUCGUUUUGCAUGAUGAGACUAUUUUAGUGGGUACUUUCGCUACUUUCGUUGCCUUGGUUGCCAAGUUUGUUGCUCCUUUGUACACAGACUUUGCUGAUGGUGAAAUCAAGAAAGUCAACUCAUUAUUGAACGAAUCCCGUAACAAGCACAUUUCUGCAGUCAAGGAAAGAAUCGAAUCCGUCUCUAAAUUAAAGGAUGUUGUUGAGACCACCAAACAAUUAUUUGCUAUCUCUAAGGAAACUGCUCAGUUGGAAUCGGAGGCUUUCGUAUUAAAACAAAAGAUUGCUGUCGCAACUGAAGCUAAAUCAGUUUUAGACUCAUGGGUUAGAUUUGAACAACAACAGAGACAAUUAGAACAAGAACAGUUAGUGAAAUCAGUCUUGGAUAAGGUAAACAAAGAAAUCGAGAACCCUAAAUUCCAAGAAAGAGUUUUAGCCGAGUCGGUUUCUGAAAUUGAGAAAUUAUUCGCUAAAAACUAA